UCCAGUUACUGUUGACACUUAGGUGACUCUGAAAAUCCAUCAGUAAGUGCUGACAGAACUUUAAGAAGAGAUAUGAGGAUAGUUACUAGUGCUGUGUUGCUGCUCAUGGGAUGUGGGGUCAACCUAUCCAGAGGGGUAGAGAUAGAUAUGGCACUGUGUGCUAAGAGGGAAGCACACUGGACCUUCAAAGGAACUAAAUAUUACUACUCAGGGUUUACUAAUGAUCUUGACGAUGAGCCCAAAAGCUUGCUUCAACCUGACGGAGUGAAGGAUAGUAAUUAUACUGGAGUAAUCAGAGAUUUUGGAGAAGCUGUCAAACAUUGCAGUUUAAGAUGCAUGGCCUUGGUAUCAUUAGAGACAGAAGAAGAAUGGGAUUUUAUCAGAGAAAAGAUGGAGGAAGUGAACACUCCAUUUAUCUGGACAAGCGGACACAAAUGUGAUAAAACUGUCAGCAAAGAAUGCUUCACAACCCCAUCUAUCCAACCUCGGAUCGUGAAUAGCUGGUUUUGGUCAGGAUCAGGUGCAAGAAUUCCGCCGACCAACAGUACACCAGAGGGUUGGACUAAAAAUCCCUGGGGUUCUACAGGUAUAUUCACCAAGGUGAACCAGCAGACUGACCCAUCUGCUCCUCCAGUUCCUCAACCAGAUAAUGCAGAGGAGGAACUAAAUCUUCUAAAAAGCCAGGAGGAGAGCUGUCUAGCCCUGGCAACAGAUCUCUGGGAACCUGGAACUGUUUGGAACGAUAUUGCCUGUUACCAUGAGAAGGCCUGGAUUUGUGAAGACAGUCCUGAUCUUUUAGCUCAAGCUGGGAUCAGUCUAUAAUAGUGAAAUACAAAAACAAAAGAGAAUUAAUUUUUCGGAAAUAAAUUUUAAUAUAAUCAAUAA